CUCCUUCUUCCUGCCUCGGCCUCGUCCACCCUCGACGCCCUCUGCACUCAUCGCCCGCAUCUCUCCCUCCUCCCAACUCCCUUCACGUGCCUCGAACCUUAUCUUAUCAGGCUCAUCGCGCAAUCCAACCUCCAUCUCCACACCGACCUCCACCGAGUCUCGCCCCGCCAUGGCUACCGCUGCUCCGUUGCCCUCGCGGCCGUUUGACAUCGUCGGCAACCUGCCGCUCGACAUCAUCGCCGACGUCGCAAAGUACGUCCCGCGACUGACCGACCUCAUCAGCUUCCAGCAGGUCUCACGUGCAUGGCACUACGCCUUCACCUCCCCUGUCGUCUACUCCAAACUCUGCCACCCGCCCGACGACGACAGCCAGACCGGCCACGUGCCGCCCGCAGACAAAGACGCCUACCAGCGCUUCCUGCGCAAGUGCUUCGACGAGCACGCAAUCAUGACCCUCAACGUCUCCGACCGGCGCGUCUGCCAUCUCGGCGCCGGCGUGACGAACCAGAUCUCAUGCACCGCCUUCUCGGACUCGUUCCUCGUCUUUUAUCUCCAGGCCGACCGGCGCUUCCUCGUCUGGGACUUUUCACUCGAUACCAUGGAGCCUCGCUCGCUCGAUUUUGGCACGCAGGACGUGACCGAGAUGUCGAUCUCUGACAAGGGCAAUUACCUGUCUUGGAUGGAGUCUGACAAAGAUGCCAUCUUUGUCUUUGACCUCAAAGCCGCCUACUGGGCAUCAGACCCUUCUUUUGCUUCUUCUGCACCCUCUCCAGGCCGGAAAAUCAUGGUCUUCCCCUUCCCUCCGCAGUCGCGGCCCGCCGUGCUCAACCCAUUCAGCUGCGACGGCGAGCACCUCGUCGCGCGCUUCAGCAUAGCCAGCGGCUCCCCGCACAAGUUCUUCAUGGUCUGGAACCUGCGCACACGCGAGCUUGUCUCCAAGUUCCAGUACACCGUCACCGGCCUCUGGGACACCUCCGCUAUCUUUGCCGAGAAAAAGAUCUACCUGUUCUCGCUGCCGCCGUUUGCGAGCGACUACCCGCGCCGCACAAAUCUCAUGUUUCCGGGGUACUCCAAGACCUACGACUUGCAAGGCAACGUCAUUGCCUCGAUCGGAAUCUUACCUGGAACCGAGUUCCGCUACGAUCGUCUGUUCCAGCCGGUUUGUGGGAACGGCAAAAUCACAUACGCGAUCGCCAGACAGGGUGUCCUGCAUCGCGGCCACUGUCUGUCCCUGGUCUCGGUCGACGAGCGCACUGGGAUCGAGUCUCUGUCCAAAUUCUACCCAGAGUGCUCCUCAAACAAGUCAAAAACAGACCUACGCGCAUCGCUCGAUACAGACGACUACUACCCAUUCCAAGAAUGCAUCACCCAGAAGAACGUGCAGUGCAUGUAUCUCUUCCACGGAAUCGUCUCCGCCCAUGGUCCGGCGGGCGAGGUCGAGAUCUGGGACACGACAUGCAACCGGUCGCGGAGGAUCCCGAUGCCAAAGACGCACGCGGUUUACGGCAACGAAUCGUUUUUCGCGAAAUCUGUAAAUAAGGACCUUUACAUACACAGAUACACGGAAUGGGACGAGUACAGGAGUAUAAAGGUUUAGAGUAUUAUUGUUUUACAAGGCGGGUCUGAAAGGGUACAGGGGCGUUUGCGAUCAUUAGUUUGUGUGCUGGUUCGCCUUCUUUUGUUGUUGUUUUAGUACAU